AUGGAGUUCCCGUUCGAUGUGGACGCGCUGCUCCCGGAGCGGAUCACGGUGCUGGAUCAGCACCUGCGGCCCCCGGCCCGCCGACCCGGAACCACAACGCCGGCCCGUAUUGAUCUGCAGCAGCAAAUUAUGACAAUUGUAGAUGAACUGGGCAAGGCUUCUGCUAAGGCUCAGCAUCUUCCUGCUCCUAUCACCAGUGCAUUGAGGAUGCAGAGUAACCGCCAUGUCAUGUAUGUGCUCAAAGACACUUCAGCCCGAUCGGCUGGAAAAGGAGCCAUUAUUGGUUUUCUCAAAGUUGGAUACAAGAAGCUCUUUGUCCUGGAUGAUCGUGAGGCUCACAAUGAGGUGGAACCACUUUGUAUCUUGGACUUUUAUAUCCAUGAGUCACUUCAACGUCAUGGCCAUGGGCUAGAACUCUUCCAACAUAUGUUGCAGAAGGAGCGAGUUGAACCACACCAACUGGCCAUUGAUCGACCCUCACAGAAACUGCUGAAGUUCCUGAAUAAGCACUACAGCCUGGAGACCACAGUGCCACAGGUGAACAACUUUGUGAUCUUUGAAGGCUUCUUUGCCCAUCAACAUCGGCCCCCUGCUUUCUCUCUGAGGGCAGCUCGACAUGUUCGUGCUGCUGCGCUGGAUCACACGCCCGCUGCUCCAGUAAGGAAGCUGCCACCCAAGAGAACAGAGGGAGACAUCAAGCCUUACUCCUCUAGUGACCGAGAAUUUCUGAAGGUAGCUGUGGAGCCUCCGUGGCCCUUAAACAGGGCCCCACGCCGCACCACACCUCCAGCUCACCCACCUCCCCGCUCCAGCAGCCUGGGAAAUUCGCCAGAACGGGGUCCCCUCCGUCCUUUUGUGCCAGAGCAGGAGCUGCUGCGGUCCCUUCGUCUCUGCCCCCCACAUCCUACUGCGCGCCUACUGCUUGCUACUGAUCCUGGGGGCAGCCCAGCCCAACGUCGCCGCACCAGGGGAACUCCCCCAGGGUUGGUAGCCCAAAGCUGCUGCUACAGCCGCCAUUGGGGGUUGAAUUCCUCAUCCCUCAACACAGGCAAGCAAGAGUCAAAGCAGGGGGAACAGGAAACAGAGAAUAGGUCUGCCAGUGAGGAGCAGGUCCUGUCACAUGAUGGGUCUGGGGAGGAAUCCAUGCACACAGUGCCCCUACAGGUUCAGGACCCACCUGCCUCAUCUUGGAGAGUGGGUGGGGACCAGUUCAACGCCAGGUUUAUUCGAAACCUGCAGGAACGUCGCAGCACCAGGCCUUGGUGA